CAUAUGACCUGGCAACCCUGUGUAUGGAUAACAGUGUUUAUUACAAACAGGGAUCGUAAUUAUUUCUCAGAGAUAAAUGUACUAGCUUGUCGGACCAACUCGGAUCACUCAUACUCGCUGAAGAUUGCUGCCUCCGUCUCUGCAGAUGAUGACCAGCUCUGUCUUAUAAGGAGAAGACAAGCCAUCAGUUACCCACAUGGCACCAGCCUAGAGCUGUUUUAUAAGGAGAAGACAAGCCAUCACAGUUACCCACAUGGCACCAGCCUAGAGCUGUUUUAUAAGGAGAAGACAAGCCAUCACAGUUACCCACAUGGCACCAGCCUAGAGCUGUUUUAUAAGGAGAAGACAAGCCAUCACAGUUACCCACAUGGUACCAGCCUAGAGCUGUUUUAUAAGGAGAAGACAAGCCAUCACAGUUACCCACAUGGCACCAGCCUAGAGCUGUUUUAUAAGGAGAAGACAAGCCAUCACAGUUACCCACAUGGCACCAGCCCAGAGCUGUCUUAUAAGGAGAAGACAAGCCAUCACAGUUACCCACAUGGUACCAGCCUAGAGCUGUUUUAUAAGGAGAAGACAAGCCAUCACAGUUACCCACAUGGCACCAGCCUAGAGCUGUUUUAUAAGGAGAAGACAAGCCAUCACAGUUACCCACAUGGCACCAGCCUAGAGCUGUUUUAUAAGGAGAAGACAAGCCAUCACAGUUUGACAUGGCACCAGCCUAGAGCUGUUUUAUAAGGAGAAGACAAGCCAUCACAGUUACCCACAUGGCACCAGCCUAGAGCUGUCUUAUAAGGAGAAGACAAGCCAUCACAGUUACCCACAUGGCACCAGCCUAGAGCUGUCUUAUAAGGAGAAGACAAGCUAUCACAGUUACCCACAUGGCACCAGCCUAGAGCUGUUUUAUAAGCAGAAGACAAGCCAUCACAGUUACCCACAUGGCACCAGCCUAGAGCUGUUUUAUAAGGAGAAGACAAGCCAUCACAGUUACCCACAUGGCACCAGCCUAGAGCUAUAAGACCCUGGAAGUUUGAAACAUUUACUGACAUGAAGGCCGUUAGUUUAACAGAACAAGUUUCUCUGCCCAGGUUAACUACAUCAACUUAAAAUGGAGGAAGGAGAUUCUCUGCAUAGCGUUAACCUGAAUCAACUCAAAAUGGAGGAAGGAGAUUCUCUGCAUAGCGUUAACCUGAAUCAUCUCAAAAUGGAGGAAGGAGAUUCUCCCCAUAGUGUUAACCUGAAUCAACUCAAGAUGGAGGAAGGAGAUUCUCUGCAUAGCGUCAACCUGAAUCAACUCAAGAUGGAGGAAGGAGAUUCUCUGUAUAGCGUUAACCUGAAUCAACUCAAGAUGGAGGAAGGAGAUUCUCUGCAUAGCGUUAACCUGAAUCAACUCAAGAUGGAGGAAGGAGAUUCUCUGCAUAGCGUUAACCUGAAUCAACUCAAAAUGGAGGAAGGAGAUUCUCUGCAUAGCGUUAACCUGAAUCAACUCAAGAUGGAGGAAGGAGAUUCUCUGCAUAGCGUUAACCUGAAUCACCUCAAAAUGGAGGAAGGAGAUUCUCUGCAUAGCGUUAACCUGAAUCAACUCAAAGUGGAGGAAGGAGAUUCUCUGCAUAGCGUUAACCUGAAUCAACUCAAAAUGGAGGAAGGAGAUUCUCUGCAUAGCGUUAACCUGAAUCAACUCAAAAUGGAGGAAGGAGAUUCUCUGCAUAGCGUUAACCUGAAUCAACUCAAGAUGGAGGAAGGAGAUUCUCUGCAUAGCGUUAACCUGAAUCAACUCAAAAUGGAGGAAGGAGAUUCUCUGCAUAGCGUUAACCUGAAUCAACUCAAAAUGGAGGAAGGAGAUUCUCUGCAUAGCGUUAACCUGAAUCAACUCAAGAUGGAGGAAGGAGAUUCUCUGCAUGGCGUCAACCUGAAUCAACUCAAGAUGUCCGCUGCUGUUUCUUUACCCAUCUUGAGACUCCACAGACUGACAAAGGAUCAACUGUCUCUCUGUGCUCCCAGACUUAACCAGAACAACCCGAAGAAGAACAACAAACCAGGUAGAAAACCAACGAAGAAGAAAAACACCACCAGCAGAGGAACGAAACAAUCCACAGGAAAUGGACACAACUCUGCUGACAACAAAAGUGUUUCUAGCCAGGUAUCACUAGUGUCUAGACAUCAGCACUGUCCGAAGGGAAGCAAAAAUAAACCCAAGAUCAUUCUCAAAUUCUCCCGCUCCAUCUUGAGGCCUGACGCAGCAAAACAAGAGGUGAAACAAGAGAUGGACGAGCUGCCUAUCGGGACCAGAAGUGAUGAACACUGGUUGAACUCUGUAAAGCCAGAGAGCUACGACCCAGAGAUGGGUAACACCAGGGGACCUACAGAGAGCGACCCCAGGACAGAUGCACAUCACUUGGGUAUGAAGAUGAAGGAUGCCCCCCUGUACCACCAGGAUGAUGUGAGGCAGCUGCAGUCGUCUACCGUUCAGCCAUUCAAUCCGGCUGCGUUGCGGUCUGACCUGGAAUGUUGGCCUCACAACCAGAAGGUCCCCAGGUUCCCGUGUCCAGACUGCGGCCAGAAGUUCUUCUCCAAAAUUCAGUUUAAGUUUCAUUCCCGGAGCCACACACAGUACCGGCCGCACUCCUGUGAGGUGUGCCAUAAAACCUUCUCCCGGAAAGGCAGUCUAGACGAGCACCGACCAAUCCACGAGGUGGAGCGCCCCUUCGCCUGCCUCCAAUGCGGCAGGACCUUCACGUUCAAAUCCAACCUGACCCGCCACAUGCGGUUCCACAGCGACGCGCGGCCCUACGUCUGCCCCCAGUGCGGCCAAAGCUUCAAAAUCUCCGACCACCUGAAGAGCCACAUGACGGCCCACAGCGGGAAUAAACCGUACUUGUGCCCGGAGUGUGGCCAGAGUUUUGUCCGUUACAUUAGUCUGAAGUAUCACCGGCUGAGCCACACCGGCGAGCGCCCGCUGUCCUGCCCAGAGUGUCCCAUGACCUUUGCCCGUCCGCACACCCUUAUGAUCCACCGGCGACAGCACAGCAGGAAAACGCUGUUCUCUUGCCAGGACUGUGGGAAGCAGUUCAACGAGGGGUACCAACUGAAAGACCACGUUACAAUGAAACACACAGGGGAGAAACCAUACAAAUGCUCCGAGUGUGACAAGUGCUUCGUCACUUCGGCGUCUCGUAAAGUGCACAUGGUUGUCCACACAGGAGAGAAGCCGUACAAAUGCACAGAGUGCUGUAGGAGAUACAGUCAGAGUGGGCAUCUAGCGCAGCACAUGAGGAGACACACAGGGGAGAAACCAUACAAAUGCUCCGAGUGUGACAAGUGCUUCAUUACUUCUGCGUCUCGUAAGGUGCACAUGGUUGUCCAUACAGGAGAGAAGCCGUACAAAUGCACAGAGUGCUGUAGGAGCUACAGUCAGAGUGGGUCCCUGAAGAGGCACAAGUGUGAGCAGCAAACCAGUAAAAGAGCCAAGAGAGGAAGAUGUGAGGUAUCACUCCUUCGGCUGUGAGCUAUUUCCAGCCCCCUGGCCUCAGCUCCACGAGAAAGAGAGACCACCAUCCUCCAAGCACUUAUCCCAUCCUGACGGAACCCCACUGAGAGGCCACAUCGACGUACAAUGAAUGUCCCUGUUGCAUUAUUCCUGUUCUAUGAAAGUGGCGUUGUGUGGAAGACGGCAGGUCUAAUUUACCAACCCAUGGUCCAUACUGUCUCUGCAUUGUCCACAUUCAGAUGUGAUCUGAUAGCCUGGUUCCACUGGCGAUUUAUGGGUGACAAAACGAGCAUUUCACGGUUGUGAAAGCAUGUGUUGGUGGAGCCUCUCAUAUUUCCCUCUCAAUUGAUAAGACAAUCUCGUCCUCAAAAGUCUUGUGAAUGUAUGUGCUGUUGUAUUUGCUGAGUUGGGUACGGAAGUUAAUUGACCUGUGGAGAUGAUCCCCUAGACAACUGUGCUGUAUCUUGUAUACCCUGCCUCUAGAUCGUAUCUGUUAACUAUUGAAUUUUCCAAUUGAUUUAGUCUAGUAAAUAAAACCUUGAAUGAA